AUGCCUGAUCUUCGUCGCCAAAUUUUCGAGAGCGGCAAGACCGUCUCGCGGAAGGCUGCUUCUCGGGAGGCUUCCCGCACCAACUCCCGCGCAAGCUCCAAGCAGAACUCUCGCCAGUCCUCGCGAAAUGCGAGUCGCCAGGCCUCCGACGAUGAGGACGCGGGCUUCCUCUCUGAUGAUACUGCUCUAAGUAUCGGCUCUCUAGACGACGAGAAUCCGGAGACUGAAAAUGACGACUGGCCGCAGGAGCUGGCCGACCGUAUGGCGGAGAUUCUUGAUCGCAAGAGAAGCAGCGUGCAGGGCCGUGAAGAGGCACUCGCUGCAUUCUGCCGCUUGACCAAAUAUCACUAUGCAGAGGAAGAGACUCGCCCGCACAUCACCGAUUUGCUGGGUGCAUUUGCAAGGAGCAUUCGCAGCGAGUCUAGCACCCGCGAGACGACCUUGGCCCUUCGUGCUAUUGAGUUGCUGGUGAUUACCUCGUGUGACGAUAAGAUCUAUGAGAAUGCCGAGCCUCUGCUUACCCGCUUCAUCCGCGACUCGACUUCUAAUGCGGUCAAGGCGGCUGCGAUAUAUUGUCUCGGUGCAUGCACGAAUUUCGGCGGCGCAGGUGAGGAGGGUAUUCUCGAGCAGAUGACCUUCCUUCUGGACAUCAUUGCUUCGGACGGUCAGUCCAUCGACGCUGCCGACGACCCAACCAGCGUCACCGCCGCCCUGCAUGUCUGGGGCUUCCUUCUCUCGGAGGUCGAUGACUUUGAAAGUGAAAGUGAGGACGCGGUCCAGAUAUUCAUCGACCAGCUCAACAGUAGCGACUCGGGUGUUCAGAUCGCCGCGGGCGAGAACAUUGCCCUCCUCUAUGAGAAAAGCUACACGCCUCAAGAGGAUGACGAUGAUGAUGAUAGUGAAGAAGAGGACGAGACCGAUGAACAGGUUCAUGACGAUCCCACCAGCGGACCCAAGCUGAUUAAACGGUACAAUGCAUACCACAACACACCCGAGUUGGAGCGCCAGCUCGCCAGCCUAGCGACCGUGCACUCAAAGCGCAUCAGCAAGCGAGAGAAGAAGUCGCUCCACGGUAACUUUGCCUCGAUUCUGACCACGGUCGAGAACCCUCGUCGCGGGCCGCGGUACAACAUGGCCAUCGACCAGGAUACCAACCGACGCUACGGCAGCACGUUAACGGUCAAGAUCGGCCGCCAUGGCAUCAUGAGCAUUGACCGAUGGUGGAAGUGGGUGCGACUGCAGUCCCUGCGCCGGAUCCUACAAGGUGGCUUUGCCGAGCAUUACUUCCAGGGUAAUCGAGCUGUGCUGGAUAAUCUGCCGGUCAUGAUGCGUCUGGCCCAGGCAGGCGGGUCGGAUGAUCGUCAGACGGCCAGGAAGGCAGCAAGGAUGCGCAACUCGAAGCGCUGGGCUGCACAUUCUGAUAGUGACGAUGCGGAUAUGGAGUAA